AUAUUUUUUUGGAAAAAUAAAGAUGUAAAGAUUUCUAUUUUUUAAACUUUUAGCUCAUAUGUAAUCGAGUUCCCAGAUCACACACGAUAUUUGACACACGUGAGCUCCUGUUCUGUCUCCACUUGACACACGUGCCACGGUCUCAUGAUGAUGUGCGAAGUGAUGCCCACCAUUUCGGAGGAUGGGCGCAGCGGGACUGGCGGGGACCCCUCUACUCCUGCCGGGGCAGGGGUCGGAGGGCCCGGGAGUGCAAUGGGAGGAGGUGGAGGCUUUAACGGAAGAGAGGCCAGAGGUGGAGGAGACGAAGGAGGCAGCACGGGAAACCUGGAGUCGCUCAUGGUGAACAUGCUGACGGAGAGGGAGAGGCUGCUGGAGAACCUGAGGGAAACACAGGAGAGCCUGGGCACGGCUCAGCUCCGCCUCCGCGAACUCGGCCACGAGAAGGAGUCACUUCAGAGGCAACUUUCUAUCGCGCUUCCACAGGAGUUUGCAGUGUUGACUAAAGAGCUGAACGUUUGCCGGGAGCAGCUUCUGGAGAGAGAGGAGGAAAUCGCUGAGCUCAAGGCGGAACGAAACAACACACGCUUGUUGCUGGAACAUCUGGAGUGCUUGGUGUCUCGCCAUGAGCGCAGUCUGAGGAUGACAGUGGUGAAAAGACAAGCCCAGUCCCCAGCAGGGGUCUCCAGUGAGGUGGAAGUCCUCAAGGCCCUCAAGUCUCUGUUUGAGCAUCACAAAGCCCUUGAUGAGAAGGUUCGAGAGCGACUCCGUGUGGCCCUUGAGAGGGUGUCCAUGUUGGAAGAUCAGCUUGCAGCAUCUGCUCAAGAGGUAAUCUCUUUAAGAGACCAAAUUAAAAGACGUCAACAAGGGUUGGACGGCGGGAAAGAUCGGCUGCCAAACGGCCCGUCUUCAGGCCUGGAGGACAGUGAGAUCGAAAGGCAGAGAGAAGGAGAGAUCGAGCGACAGAGAGCCGAGCUGUCCCAGCUGAGGGAGAGGCUGGCCCUCAUGUGCCGGCAGGUCGGCGAAAUAGAGGAACAGCUUGCGGCCGCCAGGAGGGAGGUGACGAAAUCAGAGGAGGCCAAUCAGAAGCUGCAAAGGGAGGUGAAAGAGGCCCUCUGCCAAAGGGAAGACAUGGAGGAAAGGAUUACAACACUAGAACGCAGGUACCUCAGCGCCCAGAGGGAGGCAACGUCUCUCCACGAUAUCAAAGAUAAGCUGGAAAAUGAGCUUGCGAGCAAAGAGUCCCUCCACAGACAGAGUGAGGAGAAGAACAGACAGCUGCAGGAACGUCUGGAUGAAGCCAAGCAGAAACUGCAGCAGACGUUACAGCGGGCAGAGACACUGCCUGAGAUUGAGGCUCAGCUCGCCCAAAGAGUCGCUGCUCUCAACAAGGCCGAGGAGCGUCAUGGAAACUUUGAGGAGCGGCUACGGCAAAUGGAGGCCCAACUUGAGGAGAAAAACCAAGAGCUGCAAAGGGCGAGACAGAGGGAGAAGAUGAACGACGAGCACAACAAACGCCUCUCUGAUACAGUGGACAAGCUUCUGUCUGAGUCCAAUGAGAGACUGCAGCUGCACCUGAAAGAGAGGAUGGCAGCGCUGGAAGAGAAGAAUGCUCUUUCUGAGGAGCUGGCCAACAUGAAGAAGAUCCAAGACGACCUUUUAGCUAAUAAGGAACAGCUUCUGGCUGAGCUGGAGAGAAUCCAGCUGGAGCUGGAUCAGCUGAGAGGCAGGUCUGGCUCUUCCUAUUCCAGGGCAGGCAGCGUCAGCUCACUUCCCUCCACCCUUUUUCGAAGAUCUCUACCAGGGAGCGCCUCAGAACUGCGGUACCCGCAGGGAGGAGGUUCCCUACCUGCUGGCUACGGCAGCUCCUCUGGCGGGGUGGUGGUGAGGCGCUCGCACCGCGGCCGGUGGGCGCCCCCGAGAGACGACAGCAGCAAGUAUGGAGAAUGGGACAGUAGCACUAUGCUCGGCCCCGGCUUUGAAGGCGGCGUGGAAGGAGGCUGUUCUGAUGAUGAGGACGACAGGGAGACUCUGUUUGGGUCUGAGUUGCUCUCCCCCAGUGGACAAACAGAUGUACAGACUUUGGCCAUCAUGCUACAGGAGCAACUGGAGGCCAUCAACAAGGAGAUUAAGCUGAUCCAGGAGGAAAAGGAGAGCACAGAGCUGAGGGCAGAGGAGAUCGAGAGUCGGGUCAGCAGUGUUGCCCUUGACGCUUCACCUCUUCCGCCAUCUUCGUUGGGGGGAAGGGACAGCAUUGGGAGGGGUUACAUGAGUCCCUCCAUCACCUCCUCCACAUUGGCGUCGCCAUCACCACCCAGUUCUGGGCACUCCACUCCUCGCUUGCCACACUCCCCCGCCAGGGAGACCGACAGACAGAACAGCAAAGAGGGCGAAGAAUGCAGAGCGCUCGCCCUGAUUGACUCCACACCUCCUCCCGUUCCUCGCGCCCUACGAUUGGACCGAAUGACGCACACGCACCCAGGGGCAGGUCUUGAUGACCACCGGGAAUUUCGCAGUCUUUCUAGUGAUGGUGCUACGACUGCCAGCCAAGAUUCUCUCCACAAAGCCAGCAAAAAGAAAAGCAUCAAGUCAUCCAUCGGUCGUCUCUUUGGCAAAAAGGAAAAGGGGAGGAUUGGGGCGCCUGGACGUGAAUCCGUCUCACUAGCCUCCACACCCUCUGAUGAUCUGGGCUCAGCCGAUCCCUUAGGUUUGGCUAAAAUCGGGACUGGAACAGUGGAAAAAGACCGUCGCAGCAAGAAAAAGCAUGACCUGUUAGAGGAAGCUUGUCGACAGGGGUUGCCUUUUGCCUCUUGGGAUGGUCCGACUGUUGUCACAUGGCUUGAGCUGUGGGUGGGGAUGCCGGCGUGGUAUGUGGCGGCGUGUCGUGCCAACGUGAAGAGCGGCGCCAUCAUGGCCAACCUGUCGGACACGGAGAUCCAAAGGGAGAUCGGCAUCAGCAACCCGCUGCACCGGCUUAAGCUCCGCCUGGCCAUCCAGGAGAUGGUCUCCCUUACGAGUCCGUCCGCACCUGCAAGCACUCGCUCUUCGACCAGUAAUAUUUGGAUGACACACGCAGAGAUGGAAUCCCUGACAGCCGCCACCAAACCAGAGCAGAAGGAGUUCAGCUGGGAUCAGAUCCUAGCUUAUGGAGACAUGAACCACGAGUGGGUAGGAAACGAGUGGUUGCCCAGCCUAGGCCUGCCUCAGUACCGCUCCUACUUCAUGGAGUCGCUGGUGGAUGCACGCAUGCUCGAUCACCUCACCAAGAAGGAACUGAGGGGCCAGCUGAAGAUGGUGGACAGUUUCCACAGGGUCAGUCUCCACUAUGGCAUCAUGUGCCUGAAGAGACUGAACUACGACAGGAAGGAGCUGGAGACGAGGAGGGAUGAGAGUCAACAUCAAAAUCAAGAUGUAAUGGUUUGGUCCAAUGAGCGAGUGAUGUGUUGGGUGCAGUCCAUCGGUCUGAAAGAGUUUGCAGACAACCUAUUAGAGAGCGGAGUCCACGGGGCCCUUCUGGCUCUAGAUGACACUUUUGACUACACUGACUUGGCCCUCCUUCUUCAAAUACCCAAUCAGAACACACAGGCACGGCAGCUUCUAGAGAAGGAGUACAAUGCUCUCAUCUCCAUGGGAACAGAGAGGAGGCCAGAUGAGGAUGGUACGAAGACGUUUACACGGUCGCCAUCGUGGAGGAAGAUGUUCAGAGAGAAAGAUCUCCGCGGCGUCACGUCCGACUCUUCGGAAACAUUACCCGCCAACUUUCGUGCCUCCGCCAUCGCCACUCCUUCUGUCACUCUGAGAAAAGUCCAGAGUGAAGUGAACGCUGGUGUGAGAGGAGACUCCGGGUCCGUCAGAACAUAUUCCUGCUAAAACAAAAGCACACAAGAGCCCCGCCUCCGUCCGAACCUACAGAAAAAAAAUAUAUUUUUUGUUUGUUUGUUUGUUUUGAAGAAUGUAAAAAAAGGAUCUGAAUUUUUUUUAAAAAAUGAAGACAAGAUGACCAACACCAUCGGAGCCAGACGUCUGUCAGAAUCACGAGUGGACUCUGAAAAGUGUGAAUGUCUGUUCAUUCGUUUGUUUCUCUCUCUCGCUCCAUCUGUAGUUGUUCUAUGAUGUUUGAUCCUGUAGAAAGUCAUCAUCAGCGCUCAUGAAUCCAUCUUCUGUUCUGAGUAUGAGAAGGCAAUACUGAAUCAACAAAACAGGUUUUUUUUUAUUUAUUUAUUAUUAAACUCAGCCUUGUGACAUCACAAAGGAGAGGGAGGUACAAAGGGAGACUAUGUUCUUAAGCCAUAACAGACAUUAUGAGAUGCACAAAUGUGAAUAUGACGGACAACGAGACAUUUAGCAAAGUGCUUCAUGAUGGAGUCCUGUUCAAACUGAAAAUAAGAAGUAAGCAUUUGUGUUCACAUGCAUGCCAACAUCAACUGUUUAUAGUGAGCGUCAUAUCACUCAUCUGCAAAUGUGAACGCUCGAAUAAGGACUUUAUACAAUGUGCAUUUUAUUUUUAUCAUUUUUUUAAAAGAAAAUGAUAACUGAUAUUGUAUGUAUGUACAGUACGUAUGUGUGUGUUUUAAAACGUCUGUUCAUUUCAUACUUAAGACUGUAAUUUGAUUUUCAGUGGAGAAAGGAACUAUGUUUAAAAUUAUGGACAUGCUAGUUGUAUGUGUACAUUUUGAAAAAACAAAUUGUGUUAUGAUUGAAAUUCCUAUUAUAUGAGAGUAGUGAUGAUAAUUGAAUAUGAUAUGAUGAUAAUAAUAAUAAUAAUGAUAAUGAUUGUAAAAGCUGUAAUUAAAAAAAUACAUACCUGUAAAAA